GACAAUCUGUCAAUUAUCAGUUCCGUCGGUUGUCUCGAAUUCUUGAUGUUUUUAUUUAAUGAAUGAUUAAGAUUAUCAAUACAAAUAAUGUGAUUUGAUUUGUAAAGACUUACAAACAUGGAUGAAACUCCACAUAAUAUCCUGGGAUAUAGCACAAAGGAAGCUUUGAUAAAAUUACGCAACGAUAUUACUAAUGUGAUUGCAGAUCAUAAACAGAAAAUUCCGUCUGGAUUGGGUCUCGUCCGCAAUAUUAUAUCAUUUUCAUCGGAAAAGGUGUUACUUUCUGGAGUAGCAUACACUAUAACCCUAAUAUAUUCAGUAUCACUCAUACUUACAUACCUUCUUGGCCAUACUCAUGCAUACUUACUGUGGGAAGCCUUGUUCCUGUUAAUUAUUUUGGUUAUAAACUUUAUAGUAGCCUACAAUGAGGAAUAUUUACGUAGGAAUGAAAUACCACACAGAGUUAAAAAAGUCUUAGAAACAUUAGAAAUUGCAAUAAAGAGGUCGAAAUGGAAUGAAGAACAUUUUCCACACCUAUGUGCGCCUUUCUCCCCUUGUGUUAUACUGCAAUGGACAUACAGAGAUGCUACAAUAGUGAACCUGCCUUGGGCUCUCUUGGUGGAAGGAGAUGUUGUAGUGCUGAGGCCUGGUCAGGAAGUCCCUGGUCACUGUCAAGGGCUGCAACCUGAGGACCCCGAACUAUUCUUUGGACAAAUCUUCCAGCCUAAUCCACAGCGGAAGGAGGGCUUCAGUGCGCCGCGCGUGCGCACUCCGCACCAAAACCGAGCGUACCGCAUGUGCGAGACUCCGUACCUCAAGAACCUGAAGCUGGCCCUCGAGCAAGCCACAGCCAGGCCCGUCACUAUAUUCGAAAAACAGCGCUACUUGUGCACAGUGAAAAUAAUGGAGGGCAUUGUACUCCCGCUGGUGAUCGCUCUAGUAGUAGUGGGCAGUUUCGUGCGUCACAUGUACCAGCUACCAGGGGGCAAGCAUUGGGCGGAGAUCUACUUGUUGCAGACUAUAGCGGCGUCGCUGCCGCUGUUGCAAAUCAUCUUCCCUAUCGCUUGGGUGUCGUUGACCUGCUAUGGAUUGGCACGUUUUAAACUGCUAUCAGAAACGCGUCAAAAGUACAUACGUCCGAAGUCCUGCUCGAUAUCAGAAGACGCAAGCGACCCCCUGAUCCAAGCGCUGAGUGAGUCCAACCUCAAGCCCGAGAGCCUUAAGUCUCUAGGGAAGACUUUCUUCAAUAUCCUCACGGGCCGGGAGGAUAUGGUGGCGCGCACAGCGAAUAUAGUUCAUGUGCUUGGCUCUAUAUCGGCGUUAUGUUGCGUGGACAAGAAAGGCAUACUGUCCUGGCCGAACCCCACCGCUGAAAAGGUGUUCUUCCUGAGGAACUCCAGCCCCGCGUCCAACAACUCCAGCAAGACCAGUCUCGUGGGCUCCAUGGGCCACCACAGCCCGACCGCCGACGAUGUACCGGACAAACAGACAGACCCGUCUACUAUUGUCGAGGUUCUAGACCUCACUCACGACCAAAACGCGCCAUUUUGUGUGGAAUGGGACGACGCAAGAUGGCGGCAGCACCUGUCUCGACUAAAACCCCUCGGAUUAGCCGCUCUGCUGAACACGUGCGCGCCCACGCCGCGCCACACGUACGCGCAUUUCUGUGCGCAUCUCACGUGCGAGGCCCAGUACAGCGAAGACUUAGUCCCGGUGACCAAUCGCCGCUGUCUCUGCGAGUUGGCCAAACAGAUCGGCUUCUCUGACGCUGUGGCCGACGCGUACACCAUACACGAGUGUCUUCCCAUCUUCAGACAUUUGCAAGCGGACACAAUCCGUCGCGAGACUCGGUUCGUGAAAUCGCUACAACUCAGCACUCGGGUGAAAGUGCCAUUGCCUCACAUGUUGUGCGUUUUGGUUCGAGACCACGCCGGACAACUGCAGAUGUUGUCGCAAGGUACCGCAGACAUAGUGUUGGACUCGUGCGUGGACUACUGGAACGGGCGCGACCUGACGCAGAUCUCGCCGGCGGACCGCAAGAAGAUCAUCGACUUCUACCAGAGGAACUCGCUCACCGCAUACUGCACUGCCUUCGCCUAUAAGCCAUUGACCCGCAGCAUAACCCCGGCGCUGGCGCACAUGUACCUCGAGCUGCCGGCCGACAGCCGCCAGCUGUACGUGCCGCAUUCCGAGAACUGGCCCGACAUGCCCGCACUGCAUUUCCACUCUACCGAUUCGUUGUUGUUUAACGAGGUGAGUGACGAGGACGUCGACGACGCCGAUGGAUAUUUCGACAUGCAGUGCAAUCAGGUGUUUAUAGGCAUGGUGACUAUGCAGUACCAGGCGCAGAGCGACAUGGUAGAGCUCAUAGAGAGGCUAGAACGAGCUUGUAUACGAUUCGUUCACUUCAGCAAAGAGAACGAACUGCGCUCCAGGGUGUUUAGCGAAAAGAUGGGACUCGAGUCCGGGUGGAAUUGCCAUAUCUCGCUCAUCAGCGACGAGAAAGAACACAGCACUCGUGUUUCGCCGCUGUCCUCCCAAACGUUACCGCAGGGCAGGGGGCGCGCCAACACCACCACUCAACGAGCUACCUAUAGCAACAAUAUGGCGUCAUCGAAAGCGCUGUCAGUGUCCGCGCCAGGCGCCAUCAACUUGGACCACGCCACUGUUAAGUUCGACAGCGAGAUCAAGAAGGCGAGACAUUCGAUCACAACACAUAACGGACUCAAGAUGCCCCGCGGCAGCAUUCCCGCCUCGCAUCAAUCGACAGACUCGCUGCUGGAGGGCGAGGGGGCGGAGUCCCCGGCGGACGCGUGUCGCUCGUUGUCGUGCCUCACCGACUCCACCGACCACUCCGCGCCCGUCAACUUCGACAUGAGCAACCGGGCGAAGUUGCCGCGCGGCAUCGAGAACAUCCGGCCCCACAUCGAGAAGGUGGACAACGUGCCGCUGCUGGUCUCUCUAUUCACCGACUGCAACGCGCGCUCCGUGCACCUCAUGAUACAGAUUAUGCAGGAUUACGGCGAAGUGGUAUGCGUGAUGGGGUCAGCGGCGAAUUGUCUCAACAUGGAGAUAUUUAUGCAGGCAGAUGCCAGCAUAGCUGUGGAGCCCUUGUACCCGGUGCUGUGUCAGAAGAUGCCGCCCUACCUGCUGCCUGAGAAGUGCAUCGGCCCCAUCGACCUCGCGAGGGCGCUCAACUCCAUACCCUGCUCAUUGUCGUUGCAAAACAAAUGGCAAAACCAACCGUUUACCAAUUACUGCAGCAAGAAGAUGACCCGAGACGCCGACGUGUCGCUGUUCACCCUAAUCACUAUGUCCCGCCACUUCAUGACGUGUUUGUGGAACAGCACGCAGUUCUGGAUGUGUGGAGUGUGUUACAUAGCACUGUUACAGGUGGGUUCCCUGUGCAGCCUACUGCCGCUAGCGCUGUCGGUGGGCGGAGCGACAUGGAGCAGCACACUAAGCGUGCCGCUGCUGGCCACCGCUCUAGCAUUCGCGCCGCUCGACGCCGCCGUCAUGCAGCGGGCCGCGACUCGACCAACACGCGAUAUGAAAUACAAGAUGGCGCUCUUCGUUUUCUGGUGCUAUUCGUGCAAAUUCCUGCCUUCUGCGAUAUUUAUAUUGACAAUCUACGCGCUCACCCUGCGCACGUUUUGCGAACAGCUGGCCACUGCGACCAACUCGACAGGUUGCUGGCUGGUGUACCCCACCAACUUGGGAGAGGUGACGGACGAGGAGCUGGACCUGAGCCGCAGGAGCUUCCACGGCUGGCGGGAGGACUUCUACGACGGGUUCUAUCUGGCGCAAAACCUCGUGCUGGCCAUGGUUACCUUGCAUUUAAUUGUGAUAUCAUUAUCGUUUGUACAUCGACAAUCUUCCAUAUGGCAGAGGAGAUUUUGGACGAACAAGGUGUGGUGUGGGAGUGUUGUAGUUUUAUUAAUAUUGCAAGCAGCGUUUACUGCCAAAGUGCUGAGUGUCCCGUACGGCCUCUGUGAGAAGUGGAGCACCUGCGGGCUCCAGUUCACAGUCAGCGCUCCGCUGUGGGCCGCGUGCGGGGGCUCCACGUUGCUGGUGUUCAUUAUCAACGAGCUGCUCAAGUGGCAGGAGAUCAAGGUCGACACCCGCAACCAGCGGCGCGCGCGGCUGGACUUCGGAACCAAAUUGGGGAUGAACUCACCAUUCUAGGGCUCCACACACACCUCUAGUCAAUCUUACGCUUUACUAGUAACAAUUUAGUAUAACUGAUGACAAAGCCAAUCUAAGCUAAGGAUAAAUGUGACAUUGUACUUAUGUACUCAAUUAUAUUUUGUACUUAUUUAUUUAUGAAUCUGAUUUACAGGGAAUGAAACUGAAAUAAAUCGUUUUUACUUUUA